GCCUCUACUCUCCGCGCUCCUCGCGCCUCUAAUCUUUGCCUCCUUCUCACCGCCUUUCCGCCAUCUUCUUCUUCGUGGCUCAACCUCCGAAUCAUUCAGGCGAUUAAUCCGUCAGGCGGUGUAAUGAUCGAGUACCAGACCCUAAUCACCUUCCGCCAGACCGACAACACGAUGGGGGUGAAGACCUACAACAUCACCAAGUACGAACCCAUCUCCGAGGGUCCGAUCGUGUACGAGACGUCGGAUUUGGUGACAGAGUUCGCCGAUGGUGUGGUGCGGAUGCUCAGGAAGGUGAAGCUACCCAAGGGGACAACGAUGGUGAACCAGGUGUGGCAGAUGGAGGCAAAGGUCAUGGAUGGUGUGCCCCAGAAGGACAAUUUCAAGCCUUUGAAGUCGAUGGGGAAGGUGGAUCUCCUCAGUAGAGGAAUCUCCGCCACUGGGUCUUCAACAUCCAGAAGCAAAAUUGUGAGUGAGAUUUUAGCGAUUUCCAUCUUGUUAUUUACUCAAAAACUCCUCUCUGGUAGCAAAAAUAACUUCUUAGGGUUCAUCGUCGCUGUCAUCUUGUGCACUGAUCUUGGGGGAAUUUGUGGGCGAGCUCAGCUAUUUCAUACCGCCACGACGCCAUCCGGAGAUCUAAAUCUGCAGCUUGGAGAUUUCGUUUCAGGCGAUGUUUCUUACUCCUUUUCACUUUCUAUUUUGAUUUCAUCCAUUCGUUUUGAUCCAUGUGCUUUUGAUUGAGGAAAGUGGCGAUGGGUGCGAGCGAAAUGCUUGUCAAAAUCUAUCCUCAGGAACUCAGGAAUCAUCUACCAAGAUCAACAUGCGAUUUCAUAGUUACUACACAAGCAUCAAAGGACACCCCAUCUAAUAUGCAGUUAAAAGAUAAGUUCCUGAUUUAGACCACAGUUGUUCCUAUGGU